GUCGUGGAGGAUGAGCGCAAACAUCGACACCAACAAUUUGCUUCACAUCUUUCACUGAGGACAUUCAUCUAAUAAUUUUGGAUACAUGUGGAAGAAUAUCACACCGACGCAUCGCAGCAAGUGAUUUGAGAACUGUACAAGCCAAUACUGCUGUUUAUCUUGAAGCUUUUAAGCGAGCAAGUAAUUUGACAAAAUGGCUGAUCCCGCGGAUCCGCGAUAUGACUUUAUUUCUGACUAUGUGCUAAAGAGCUUUAAAGUGAAGCCUGAUAAAUGGUCUAAAUGUAUCGGAGUCGAUGAAAACAGACUUUUGAUGACAGAAUUCUUCGAGAAAGUAGAUAAUACCCAAUUAAUUUUCCAGUCAAGCGCUGCAGGACUAAUAGUGCCACAACUGGAUUGGCCAACGAACUUGAAACAGAAAGCAAUAUAUUUCGUGCGAAAAAACAAAGAUGCUAUCCAGAAAGACAAUAUUAAGAACGUAUUAGUUUAUGGAGACAUUUCAUAUUCACCGUUGGAGCAGUUGUCAGCACUUGUUGAUGAGGUUUUGGUACCUCUUCUUUCCAACCCACGUAACCAUGAGCAAUGGCCCAAUGUAGUAUCACAAGAUGUCCUUAGACACAUACACAAUCUAAAAAGCAGUGUGUAUGUCGUCUCUGGUCAGGUCAAAGGGAAAACACUACUGCCAUUGCCUGUAGGAACUGAAAAAGUAGAAGAAAGUACUGCUGAUGCUGAGGAAAAAGGUGAGGGAUAUGACAGAGGUCUGGUCCAUGCCAUAGAAUCCGUCAUCAUUGAUUGGACACAUCAGAUCAGGGAUGUAUUAAAAAGAGAUUCUGCACAGCCAUUGCUAGAAGGGCUCAAUCCCGGACCACUUGUAGAAAUAGAUUUCUGGAAGGCAAAAUGUGCCAACCUGGAAUGUAUCUAUGAGCAGUUACGUGAUCCCAAAGUACGUAAGAUGGCAGAGCUUCUUGAGAAAACACAAAGUAGCUAUUUUCCAACAUUCAAGAACAUAUUUAGAGAUGUAGUAGAAGCAUUGACUGAAGCUCAAGACAUUAGUCUUCAUCUGAAGCCUCUCAAGCGUCACUUAGAAGAAAUAGAAUCAGUUGAUUUAACUGAGCUGAAACCUCUACUUCAACCACUGAUGCAUGUCAUCUGCCUUACAUGGGCCCAUUCACAAUAUUACAACACACCGGCAAGGCUCAUUGUACUGCUUCAGGAGGUCUGCAAUCUAUUGAUUGAGUUGGCAAGAACUUACCUUGAGCCCAAUGAGAUCUUCAAAGGUGAAGCUGAAGAGUCGCUUGAGAAGACUCAGAUGGCCAUUGAUGUACUUAAAGAGUUCCGUAAGGUGUAUGAAGAACAUAGAGCAAAACUCAAAGAUUAUUUCAAGAAUGGUGACGAACCCAAAGAGUGGGAAUUUGCCUCGCCCUUGGUGUUCACCAGAUUGGACAAAUUCAUGGAAAGAUUGGAAAUACUCAAGGAAUUAUUUGAAACUACAAUGGAGUUCUUGAAGUUGGAAAAGACAGAAAUGGGUGGAAUGAAGGGAAGAAUGCUCAGUGCACAGGUUGUGCAGAUAUUUGAAGAAUUCCAAGAAUAUGUGAAAGUGUUCUCAGAACGCACAUAUGAUGCACUGGAUCCAAAUACAAAGGAAUUUUUGGACGACUAUGAAAUAUUCCAGAAACAAGUAUAUGACUUGGAUCGCAGACUUGGUGCGAUAUUAUGUCAAGGAUUUGAUGAUUGUUCAGCUGUGGAAGCAGUAUUCAAGAUGCUGGAUUGCUAUGGUACACUAUUGGACAGAAAAGUUAUAAGAGAAGAUUUUGAACACAAGUAUCCCAAAUUGUUAGAAAUGUAUGACAAAGAGUUAGAUGAUGCUAAGAUAAUUUAUGAUCAACAAAUGGCAUUGUCAGAUGCUACUGAUGGUCAUCCACCAAUCAACAAAAAUAUGCCUGAAGUAACUGGAGCAAUGAAAUGGUCUGAAGAGCUCAAACAACGUAUUACAAUACCUAUGAGCAGUUUUAAGCAUAUAGAACAUCCAACUGGAAUCCAGAGAAUCAUGGAUAGCAAUGAUGCAAAUGCUAUUUUUACAAAAUAUGAAGAAAUGAUGAACCUUCUUACCAAAUAUGAUGAAAAGAUUUACGAAGAGUGGAUGAACAGUGUAGAUGAAAAGUGUCAGUUCAACCUGGACCAAGCGCUAAUAAAAAGAAAUGAAGAAACUAAACUUAUUGUAGUUAACUUUGAUCCUCAGCUUGUAGCAGUUCUGAGAGAAGUAAAAUAUUUGAAUAUAAGAGGCGAGGACAACAUUCCAGAAAAGGGCAGAAAUCUGUAUGAAAAACAUGAAACAUUCCGUGAAUAUCGAGCUAAUCUUGACUUAACAGUUCAAUGGUAUAAUGAAGUGAGAGAAACUGUUUUAGAAGUUGAAUUUCCACUCAUUGAAAACCAGCUAGUUGAUAUUGAUAAUCAGCUAGAAAAAGCUGAAAAAAGUUUGAACUGGAAUCAAGAUACUAUCAAGGAAUACAUCCAUGAAACCAAAGAUCUUGUAAAAGAUUUACAGAAGCGAGUAGAAUCUGCCAAGUUUAAUGUAGAUAGAAUUAAAAAGAUUAUGGCUGAAUGGAGUAAAACACCUUUGUUUGAAAGAAAAGAACUCAAGGAUUCAGCACUACUUGGUCUUGAUGAUAGAGUGGACAGAAUUAAAAAACGUUAUGCAGACAUUGAAGCUGAUGGUGAAAAAAUACGUGAUCUUGUUAAGCAAAACAUGGAAUUAUUCAAAGCUGAUGCAGAUACCAGCAUCUGGAAGGCGUAUGUAGAUUACCUCGAUGACAUGGUUGUUGACGGUUUCUUCACUUGUAUUCACUGCAGUCUUAAUUACUUAUUGGACAACACUGAUCCCAAGACCACUUCACAAGCACUAUUUGAAGCAAGACUUGAGCUGCAAGCACCAGAUAUGGUGUUUAUGCCGUCGCUGGACUUUGGUGUAUCUGAUGGUUUUUAUGAUUUAGUGGAAAUGUUGGUCAGCGAUAUUUACAAAAUGUCAUCUCUGGUGCCCAGACUGGCUGAACACAGUGGUUUAGAACAUUACCAAUCUGAUUUAGAAGAUAUGUAUGAUCUUUCUGAAAUGAGACAAGAUCUGAUGGACCGUGUUCAAGGGGUAAUGACCAAAGCUCAAGAGUAUCGUAAUUCAUUUGAUAAUUAUGCAUAUCUAUGGGUGGAUGAUCGUAAGGAGUUCAUGCGUCAGUUCCUUCUGUACAACCACGUGCUUACGACUGAGGAGAUUGAAACUCAUGCUGAUGAAGGUGUUCCAGAAUCCCCUCCAACAUUGGAUCAGUUCAAAGAACAGGUUGAUUCUUAUGAGAAGAUCUACUUAGAAGUUGAAACUGUGGGAGGCAAUGAGAUGUUUGAUAGCUGGUUCAGAGUAGAUGCCAGGCCAUUCAAACAAGCAUUAUUGAACAUUGUAAAGAGAUGGAGCUUUAUGUUCAAACAACAUCUUAUUGACCACGUAACAAACAGUUUGUCUGACCUGCAAGAUUUCAUCAAGUUGGCUGAUUCUGGUUUGACCAAGUCCGUAGAGGAGGGUGAUUAUGACGGUUUGGUAGAAGUUAUGGGCCAUCUCAUGGCUGUAAAAGAUAGACAAGCUACAACGGAUGAGAUGUUCGAACCUCUAAAGCAAACUAUUGAACUUCUCAAAACAUACGAUCAAGAAAUGCCCGAAGAAGUACAUACUCAACUACAAGAAUUGCCAGAGAGAUGGAAUAAUACCAAAAAGAUUUCCAUUACUGUGAAGCAACAGGUUGCUCCCCUACAGGCUAAUGAGGUCGCUAUUAUUCGCAGGAAAUGUACCACAUUUGAUGUCAAACAGCAUGAAUUCAGGGAGAACUUCAGAAAAACUGCUCCCUUCCGCUUUGACUCUGAUGAACCCUAUGUCAAAUUGGAUGAGGCCCAUCUGGAAAUCUCUGGAAUGGAGCAAGAAAUGGAAGCUCUACAGGAGUCUUCUGGACUCUUUGAAGUUAACAUUCCUGAUUACAAACAACUUAAGCAGUGUCGACGUGAGGUAUGCAUGCUCAAGACUCUUUGGGAUAUGAUUGUUCUGGUGAGAUCAAGCAUUGAAGAUUGGAAAACAACACUGUGGCAGGAAAUUAAUGUGGAACAGAUGGAAAUGGAUUGUAAGAAGUUUGCUAAAGACAUACGUACAUUGGAUAAAGAGAUGAGAGCUUGGGAUGCAUACUCGGGUAUUGAAUCCACAGUAAAGAACAUGCUAACCUCACUUAGAGCUGUUAGUGAACUACAAAAUCCAGCAAUCAGAGACAGGCAUUGGCAACAACUUAUGCAAGCAACCCAGGUUAGAUUCAUCAUGGAUGAUGAGACUACACUGUCUGAUCUUCUUGCUCUUAACCUGCAUAACUUUGAAGAUGAAGUACGUAACAUCGUUGACAAAGCUGUCAAAGAAAUGAGUAUGGAGAAGGUUCUGAGAGAAUUGGAUACUACCUGGUCAACUAUGGAGUUUGAAUAUGAUUCACAUGCACGUACUAGUACACCUCUUCUCAGAUCUAGUGAGGAACUCAUUGAAACUCUUGAAGAUAACCAGGUACAAUUGCAGAACCUAAUGACUUCCAAAUACAUUGCACACUUCUUGGAAGAAGUGUCUGGUUGGCAGAAGAAGCUGUCCAUUGCUGAUCAGGUCAUCAGCAUUUGGUUUGAAGUGCAGCGCACUUGGUCUCAUUUGGAGAGCAUCUUUAUUGGAUCAGAGGAUAUCCGUAGUCAGCUCCCAGAAGAUUCAAAGAGAUUUGAUGGAAUCGACACAGACUUCAAAGAGUUGAUGAAUGAUGCUGCAAAGACUCCAAAUGUAGUUGAAGCUACAAACAAAGAAGGAUUAUAUGAACGACUUGAAUCACUCCAGGCUGAUCUGACCCUUUGUGAGAAAGCCUUGGCCGAGUACCUUGAAACUAAAAGAUUGGCAUUCCCACGUUUCUACUUUGUAUCAUCUGCUGAUUUGUUGGACAUUCUGUCUAAUGGAAAUCAACCAUCUAUUGUUCAGCGCCACUUGUCAAAGCUGUUCGACAACAUGGCUAAACUUAAGUUUGAUGCUGAUGAAGGUGAUUCAAAUCCUAAGAUGGCAACAGGAAUGUUCAGCAAAGAAGGAGAAUACUGCGACUUUGAUAAUGUGUGUGAGUGCACUGGCCAGGUUGAAUCAUGGCUAAACCGCUUGCAGGAUGCCAUGCGUUCCACUGUUCGUCAUGAGUUCAGUGAAGCUGUUGUGUCCUAUGAAGAGAAACCCCGGGACCAGUGGUUGUUUGAUUACCCUGCUCAAGCAGCAUUGGCCACUACCCAGAUCUGGUGGACCACUGAAGUUGGUAUUGCAUUUGGUCGACUGGAAGAGGGUUAUGAAAAUGCCCUGAAAGAGUACCUCAAGAAACAGAUCAGUCAGUUGAACAACUUGAUCACUAUGCUGAUUGGCAAACUCUCUGCUGGAGAUCGACAAAAGAUCAUGACUAUCUGCACCAUUGAUGUACAUGCUCGUGAUGUAGUGUCAUCACUAAUCAACAAGAAAAUAGAAAAUGUUGGAGCUUUCCAAUGGCAGAGUCAGCUGCGUCAUCGUUGGGAUGAGGAAAAAAAAGACUGCUUCGCUAACAUCUGUGAUGCUCAGUUCAAGUAUUCCUAUGAGUAUCUUGGUAAUACACCACGUCUUGUGAUCACUCCACUGACUGACAGGUGCUACAUUACUCUGACUCAGUCUCUUCACUUGAUCAUGGGAGGUGCUCCUGCUGGCCCAGCAGGUACUGGAAAGACUGAAACAACUAAAGAUUUAGGACGUGCCUUGGGAAUCAUGGUGUAUGUAUUUAACUGUUCAGAACAAAUGGACUACAAAUCAUGCGGUAACAUCUACAAAGGUUUAUCACAGACUGGUGCAUGGGGAUGCUUUGAUGAGUUCAAUCGUAUCUCAGUCGAAGUGUUGUCUGUGGUAGCUGUACAGGUCAAGUCUGUACAGGAUGCCAUCCGUGACAAGAAAUCUCGCUUCCUGUUCCAAGGGGAGGAAAUCUCCAUUGUGCACAGUGUUGGUAUCUUCAUCACCAUGAACCCUGGUUAUGCUGGACGUACUGAAUUGCCAGAAAACUUGAAAGCACUAUUCAGGCCAUGUGCUAUGGUUGUACCUGAUUUUGAAUUGAUUUGUGAAAUCAUGUUGGUGGCAGAAGGUUUCCUUGAUGCCAGACUCCUGGCACGUAAAUUUAUCACUCUUUACACAUUGUGUAAAGAAUUGCUGUCCAAACAGGAUCAUUAUGAUUGGGGUUUGCGUGCUAUCAAAUCUGUAUUGGUAGUUGCUGGUGCCCUGAAGAGAAGUGAUCCAAACAGACCAGAAGAUCAAGUGUUGAUGAGAGCCUUGCGUGAUUUCAACAUUCCUAAAAUUGUUUCUGAUGAUACCCCUGUCUUUAUGGGUCUGAUUGGUGACUUGUUCCCUGCAUUGGAUGUACCUCGUAAGAGAGACUUAGAUUUUGAGAAGUUAGUCAAGCAGUCAAUCAUAGACCUGAAACUACAACCAGAAGAUAACUUUAUCUUAAAGGUUGUGCAGUUGGAAGAAUUACUGAACGUCCGUCACUCUGUGUUUGUUCUUGGAAAUGCUGGCACAGGAAAAAGUCAGGUAUUGAAAACGUUGAAUAAAACUUAUGCUAAUAUGAAGCGCAGACCUGUAUGGCACGACUUGAACCCAAAGGCCGUCACUAAUGAUGAAUUGUUCGGAAUAAUUAAUCCGGCAACAAGAGAAUGGAAAGAUGGUCUUUUCUCCACUACCAUGCGUGAUUUAAGUAAUGUCACCCAUGAUGGACCAAAAUGGAUUGUACUGGAUGGUGACAUUGACCCCAUGUGGAUUGAAUCUCUAAACACUGUUAUGGAUGACAACAAAGUGUUGACAUUGGCUAGUAACGAACGUAUCCCACUAACACCAUCUAUGCGUCUUUUAUUUGAAAUCAGUCACUUGAAGACUGCAACCCCAGCCACUGUAUCAAGAGCUGGAAUCCUCUUCAUCAAUCCAUCUGAUCUUGGCUGGAAUCCAGUUAUAACUAGCUGGAUUGACACCCGUGAAGACCAGUCACAGAGAGCCAAUCUUACCAUCCUGUUUGACAAGUAUUUGCCAUUAUGUUUGGAAACCAUGCGCUUCCGUUUUAAAAAGAUUACUCCAAUCACAGAACAAAGCAUGGUGAUGAUGCUAUGCUAUUUGUUAGAAGUAUUGUUGACACCAACGAACACACCCCCUGACUGUCCGAAGGAAUUAUAUGAAUUGUACUUUGUGUUUGCUUGUGUCUGGGCAUUUGGUGGAGCCAUGUUCCAGGAUCAACUGGUUGAUUAUCGAGUGGAAUUCUCCAAAUGGUGGGUGACAGAAUUCAAGACUAUUAAAUUCCCAAGUGCAGGCACAGUCUUUGAUUAUUAUAUUGAUGCAGAAACCCACAAAUUUGUGUCAUGGGCGGAGUUGGUUCCUAACUUUGAAUUGGAUCCUGAAAUGCCUUUACAGGCUGUAUUAGUACACACCUCGGAAACCAUCCGUUUGAAAUAUUUCAUGGACUUGUUGAUGGAAAUGGGAAGACCUUGCAUGUUAGUUGGUAAUGCUGGUCUUGGCAAAAGUGUACUUGUUGGUGAUAAGCUUGGUAAUUUGUCUGAUGACUACAUGGUUGCCAAUGUACCGUUCAACUACUACACCACAUCAGCUAUGUUACAAGGUGUUCUGGAGAAACCAUUAGAGAAGAAAGCUGGUCGUAACUAUGGGCCACCUGGCACCAAAAAACUUAUCUAUUUCAUUGAUGACAUGAACAUGCCUAUGGUUGAUACAUAUGGUACAGUGCAACCACACACGCUUAUCCGUCAGCAUAUGGACUACAAGCAUUGGUACGAUCGCAAUAAAUUGACACUGAAAGACAUCCAUAACUGCCAAUAUGUUGCUUGCAUGAAUCCAACAUCUGGCAGCUUCACCAUCAAUCCACGUCUACAGCGUCAUUUCUGUGUAUUUGCUCUCAGUUUCCCUGGGCAAGAUGCAUUGAAAGCAAUCUAUUCCAGUAUUUUGUCACAACAUCUGCUUCUAAAUAGCUUCCCUCAAGCACUUCAAAAGAUGGCUGUAACAAUCGUAGAUGGUGCUCUGGAAGUGCACAAGAAGGUGACAUCUACUUUCUUGCCAACUGCUGUUAAAUUCCACUAUGUAUUCAACUUGAGAGAUUUGUCAAAUAUUUUCCAGGGUUUCUUAUUCUCCAUGCCUGAUUGCUUGAAGGCACCAGUUGAUUUUGUUCGUUUAUGGCUUCAUGAAUCUGAAAGAGUUUAUGGUGAUAAACUGAUUGAUGAUAAAGAUAUAGAAGCGUUUGCAAAACUUAAAUUUGAUUAUGCUAAGAAAUAUUUUGAGGAAAUCGAUGAUGAAGCUCUACAAGCAAAACCUAACAUCUUUUGCCAUUUCGCGAGUGGAAUAGGGGAACCCAAAUAUCUCCAAGUGGAAGGAUGGGAUUCUCUGAGUAAAAUCCUGGUAGAAGCUUUGGACAGUUAUAAUGAAAUCAAUGCUGUCAUGAACCUUGUACUUUUUGAAGAUGCAAUGUUCCAUGUAUGUCGCAUUAACCGUAUUUUAGAAUCUCCACGUGGUAAUGCUCUUCUUGUUGGUGUUGGUGGUAGUGGUAAGCAGAGUUUGGCUCGUCUGGCAUCUUAUAUCAGCAGUUUAGAUGUUUUCCAAAUUACACUUAGAAAAGGUUAUAGUAUCCCCGAUCUUAAGCUUGAUUUAGCUGCACAGUAUAUCAAAGCAGGCCUCAAGAACGUUGGUACAGUAUUCCUAAUGACCGACGCCCAGGUUUCUGAUGAGAAAUUCCUGGUAUUGAUCAAUGAUUUGUUGGCAUCUGGUGAAAUUCCCGAUCUGUUCCCAGAUGAUGAAAUUGAAAAUAUUAUCGGCGGCAUUAGGAAUGAAGUCAAAGGAGCAGGCCUGUUGGAUACUAGAGAAAACUGUUGGAAAUUCUUCAUUGACAGAGUUAGAAGACAAUUGAAAGUGGUUUUGUGUUUCUCUCCCGUUGGUACAACUCUUAGAGUAAGAAGUCGGAAAUUCCCUGCCGUUGUUAACUGUACUUGCAUUGAUUGGUUCCAUGAAUGGCCACAACAGGCAUUGAACUCUGUGAGUCAGAGAUUCUUGGAAGACAUUGAACUUCUCACACCCGAGUUGAAAGUUUCCAUUGCAGAGUUUAUGGCAUAUGUGCACACCAGUGUCAAUGAUAUCAGCAAAAUGUAUCUGCAGAAUGAAAAGCGAUAUAACUAUACUACACCCAAAAGCUUUCUUGAGCAAAUUAAACUAUAUGACAGUUUGCUGCAAAUGAAGAGUAAGGAAUUGACUGGAAAGAUGGAACGUCUUGAAAAUGGUCUCACAAAAUUACAGAGCACUGCAUCUCAGGUGGAUGACCUUAAAGCUAAAUUGGCUGCCCAAGAAGUUGAACUCAAACAGAAAAAUGAGGAUGCAGACAAGCUUAUCCAGAGAGUUGGCAUUGAAACUGAGAAGGUCAGCAAAGAGAAGAUGAUUGCUGAUGAAGAAGAGAAAAAAGUUGCUGUCAUCAAUGAGGAAGUCUCAAAGAAGCAGAGAGAUUGUGAGGCAGAUUUAGCUAAAGCAGAGCCUGCUCUUAUUGCUGCUCAAGAAGCUUUGAAUACAUUGAAUAAAAACAACUUGACAGAGUUGAAGUCUUUUGGUUCCCCACCUGGUGCGGUAGUAAAUGUAGUUGCAGGUGUAAUGGUAUUGUUAGCACCCAAUGGAAAAAUUCCCAAAGAUAGAAGCUGGAAAGCUGGUAAAGUUAUGAUGGGAAAAGUAGAUAGUUUCUUAGAUCAGCUGGUUAACUAUGACAAAGAAAAUAUCCAUGAGAAUUGUCUAAAGGCGAUCAGACCUUAUAUAGAUAAUCCUGAAUUUGAUGCUGACUUUAUCCGCAGCAAGUCUGCUGCAGCUGCUGGUCUCUGUGCCUGGGUUAUCAAUAUUGUUAGUUUCUAUGAGGUGUUUAGUGAUGUAGAACCUAAGAGAAUUGCCCUGAAUCAAGCAAAUGCAGAAUUGCAAGCGGCCCAGGAUAAGUUGACUACUAUCAAGAACAAGAUUGCUGAACUAGAUGCCAGUUUAGCAGUAUUGACAUCUGAAUUUGAAACUGCAACCGCAGCUAAACUGAAGUGUCAACAGGAAGCAGAAUCCACAGCCAAAACAAUUGAAUUGGCCAACAGACUUGUAGGCGGUCUCGCUUCAGAGAAUGUCCGAUGGGCUGAAUCUGUCUCAAAUUUCAAAGAGCAGGAAAAGACACUGCCUGGUGAUGUGUUGUUAAUCACAGCAUUUGUGUCCUACAUUGGUUGCUUUACCAAGCCAUAUCGUCUAGACUUGAUUGAUGAUAAGUGGCUUCCACAUCUGAAAGGACUUAAGGAACCAAUUCCAAUAACUGAAGGAUUAGAUCCUCUCACAAUGCUGACUGAUGAUGCUGCCAUUGCCACGUGGAAUAAUGAAGGUCUACCCAGUGAUCGAAUGUCUACAGAAAAUGCUACUAUUUUAACCAACUGUGAGCGAUGGCCCCUCAUGGUUGAUCCACAGUUGCAGGGUAUCAAGUGGAUCAAGAAGAAGUAUGGAGAGGAUCUGCGAGUAGUACGUCUUGGUCAGAGGGGUUACCUUGAUACCAUCGAAAGAGCUAUUUCUUCGGGUGACACUGUACUAAUAGAGAACUUAGAGGAGGAUAUGGACCCUGUAUUAGACCCUGUACUUGGUAGAAAUACCAUCAAGAAAGGAAGGUACAUCAAGAUUGGUGACAAGGAAGUGGAGUACAAUUCAGAUUUCCGACUCAUCCUGCAUACCAAAUUAGCCAAUCCUCAUUACAAGCCUGAAAUGCAGGCCCAGACCACCUUAAUCAACUUCACCGUAACAAAGGAUGGUUUGGAAGAUCAGCUGUUAGCUGAUGUAGUAGCUAAAGAAAGACCUGAUCUUGAAAAACUUAAAUCUGAUCUAACAAAGCAACAGAAUGACUUUAAGAUCAUCCUGAAAGAACUAGAGGAUAAUUUGCUGUCUCGUCUCUCGGCUGCUGAAGGGAACUUCCUUGGUGAUACAGCAUUGGUUGAAAAUCUGGAAACAACUAAGCGUACAGCUGCUGAAAUUGAAAUCAAAGUAGAAGAAGCGAAAGGGACCGAGCUGAAGAUCAACGAAGCUCGUGAACUGUACCGCCCUGCUGCAGCCCGAGCUUCAUUGAUCUAUUUCAUCCUGAAUGAUCUCAACAAAAUCAACCCAAUCUAUCAAUUCUCACUUAAGGCAUUCAGUGUUGUGUUUGCCAAGGCUAUUGAAAGAGCUGAGCCUGCAGAAGAAGUAAAAGAAAGAGUGAACAACUUAAUUGACUCUAUAAGUUACUCAGUAUUUAUGUACACUUCCCGUGGUCUCUUUGAAGCCGACAAGCUCAUCUUCACCACUCAGCUGGCUUUGCAGAUCCUACUUGUGAAGAAAGAGAUCAACCCUGUUGAACUAGAAUUCUUGCUCCGAUUCCCAUCACAAAUGAAUGUUACUAGUCCAGUGGAUUUCUUAUCCAAUUAUUCAUGGGGUGCUAUCAAGUCCCUGGCUAAUAUGGAAGAGUUCCGCAAUUUAGAUCGUGAUAUUGAAGGCUCAGCGAAGAGAUGGAAGAAGUUUGUGGAAAGUGAGUGUCCAGAAAAAGAGAAGUUUCCACAAGAAUGGAAGAACAAAUCAGCUUUACAGAAGUUGUGCAUGAUGAGACCUCUGCGUGCAGAUCGUAUGACCUAUGCUGUCAGGAAUUUCAUUGAAGAGAAGCUCGGCAACAAGUAUGUUGACAUCCGUAGUAUUCCAUUCUCUGAAUCCUUUGAAGAGACAGGCCCUGCAACACCUGUAUUCUUCAUCUUAUCACCUGGUGUGGAUCCACUUAAAGAUGUAGAGGCACAAGGCAAAAAAUUGGGCUUUGGUAUGAACAAUGGCAACUUUCAUAAUGUAUCACUUGGACAAGGUCAAGAAAUUGUUGCUGAACAAUGUAUGGACCUGGCUGCCAAGGAAGGACACUGGGUUAUCUUACAAAAUGUUCACUUGGUCGCUAAAUGGCUUCCUACUCUGGAGAAAAAACUAGAAGCCUACGGUGAAGGUAGUCACGAGGAUUAUCGUGUUUUCAUAAGUGCUGAACCAGCAUCAUCAGCAGAAUUUCAUAUCAUCCCACAAGGUAUCCUUGAGUCUGCAAUUAAAAUUACCAAUGAACCACCCACUGGAAUGUUUGCCAACUUGCACAAGGCAUUGUACAACUUUGACCAGGAAACCCUGGAGAUGUGUGCCCGUGAAGUUGAGUUCAAGAGCAUCCUGUUUGCUUUGUGCUACUUCCAUGCUGUGGUUGCAGAAAGACGAAAGUUUGGUCCACAAGGUUGGAACAGGUCCUACCCAUUCAACACUGGUGACUUAACAAUUUCUGUCAAUGUGUUGUACAAUUAUUUAGAGGCCAAUGCUAAGGUACCUUGGGAAGAUUUACGUUACCUGUUUGGUGAGAUCAUGUAUGGAGGUCAUAUUACUGAUGACUGGGAUCGACGUCUCUGUCGAACCUACUUAGAAGAAUACAUGCAUCCAGAUAUGUUGGAAAGCGAAUUAUAUUUAGCACCAGGAUUCCCCAUUCCACCUAAUUCAGACUACAAGGGUUACCAUCAAUAUAUUGAUGAGAUGUUGCCCCCAGAAAGUCCAUAUCUUUAUGGUCUCCAUCCAAAUGCUGAAAUUGGUUUCUUAACUCAAUCAAGUGAAAUUCUUUUCAAAACUGUUUUGGAAAUGCAACCUCGUGACUCUGGUGCUGGUGAGGGUGCUGUCUCCAGAGAGGAAAAGGUAAAGACAAUCUUAGACGAAGUAGUUGAGAAACUUCCAGAAGAGUUCAACAUGGUAGAAUUGUAUGCGAAGACUGAAGAAAAGACACCAUACACUGUUGUUGCUAUUCAAGAAUGUGAACGUAUGAAUGUAUUAACAAAUGAAAUGAAAAGAUCACUCAAAGAACUGGAUUUGGGCCUUAAGGGUGAAUUAACAAUUACAACUGAUAUGGAAGAUCUGAGCAAUGCUUUGUUCUUAGAUCAAAUUCCUCCCACUUGGCAGCAUCGUGCUUACCCAAGUACUUUUGGUAUGUCCGCAUGGUUCAGUGAUCUCUUGUUGCGUAUUCGUGAACUGGAACAAUGGACAUCAGACUUUGCAUUGCCCAAUGUUGUCUGGCUGUCUGGUCUCUUCAAUCCCCAGUCCUUCCUCACAGCUAUCAUGCAGUCCACAGCUCGUAAGAAUGAAUGGCCACUGGAUAAGAUGACACUACAAUGUGAUGUAACAAAGAAAAGCAAAGAAGAUUUCAGUGGUGCUCCUCGUGAAGGUUCUUACGUCCAUGGACUGUAUAUGGAAGGGGCUCGUUGGGAUACCCAGACCGGUAUGCUUGCGGAAGCUCGACUCAAAGAACUUACUCCUGCCAUGCCUGUUAUCUUUAUUCGUGCCAUUACAGUAGAUAAGAUGGAAACCAGAAACAUAUAUGAAUGUCCUGUCUACAAGACAAAAAUGCGUGGUCCAACAUACGUCUGGACUUUCAACUUGAAGUCCAAGGAGAAGCCAAACAAGUGGACUCUUGGUGGUGUAGCUCUACUCCUCCAAGUUUAAAAUCAAAAUAUGACCUAGUGUGCUCUCUACUCCUGGUUGAUUUUGAUUUUAAAUAUAACUGUUUUUGUUUUUGCUGAAAGAGAAAAAAAAAGUGUUUACCAAUUUAUGUCAUCACAACAUCCAAAACAAUAUGGAUCGCUAUGAUUGAAAAAAUUGUAUGAUGUACAAUAUUAGUGAUUUAUACUUUCUCUUUCUAAUGAUCAGAUGAGUUCCGUCCAUUUCAUACUCAUAUUUUACUUAAACUCACCUUAAUCCAUUGCAGCUACACUGUACAGAAAAUGUACAUACUAUUUAAGUACUUACAAGAAUUAUUUUUUGACCUAAAGCAAAACCAUUUGCAUCAAGAGAACUUGUUCCAAAAUGGUCCAAAGAUAAAUAAAGUCUACAGCCCUGUGGCCAAUCGAAUAAUUGUCUAUUCUCAAGUUACUAUAAAAAUGGCCACUACUUUAUUAUUUUUUAGAUCCAAUUUACUUGUACAUAUGUUAAUUCUUAAUCCUUAUCUAUCCCAGGGUCAUUGGAUAUAUUCAUGUUUAUAGAGAAGGUGGUGUCCAUUCUGUUCAGAAAAUGUAAACGGGUCCAUAUUUUCAAUAGUGUGGAUUUUGUUACCUAUUCAGGACAUGUCCAUUGAUACUAGAAAUAAUAGGAAUUAAACCAAUUCACUCUGACAGUCCUGUAAAUUCUGCAUUCUGCUUUUAUACAUGUACUAUAAAACAAACAGUUUGCAAGUUGUAAUUAUUUGGUACAAAAUUUGUUAUAUCAAUAAAAAGUUUGUUGUUUAUAUUAUUCUAUUAAA